AUGGAGCAACAGCUGCAGCAGCAUGUCCAAGCUAUGUUGGCGGAGGGCUAUUGCAUCACCUCUAUGCGAUGGGAGCCGCAUUUGCUGCCACAGGCCCAAAGAAAGGCCUUGCAGCUCGCAGCAGAUGGCAGCUUUUGCAUGCUGCCCUACGAAAUUCGGGACAGUCUGUUGGGCCCCGGGUCCGGUCGUGUGGCAGACAUGGGCCCCCCGGCGCAGUGCAAGGGUGCCAGCGCAGCUGGCGGGACCUUGGGGACCUUGGGAACCUUGGAUGGUACCCUGACGCAUCUAGCAGCCAUGAUCUCCCGACACGUCCAGCUCAGCGGUCGCAGUGCUGGGCUGCUCCACGAGGCUCCAGUCACGACCCCGGGGAAGAACGAGCUUUCGGAGGAGCAGUGCUGCGAGUGGUUCGGCCUUUUCGCACGCAACCGCAUUAUGGUGCUGUUAUUCUUGGGCCCUGGAGAUGCCCAGCUGGAGCUGAAAGCCUGGGAGGACAGUGAGUCAGACAGUGAGUCCGGCAGCGGGUCGGAGAAUGAGGCGCGAUGGGCCAAGUCCGUGGUUCAGGUCUGGUUUCAGGAUGGCUGGUGGUUGGCAUCAUGGGAAUGUGAUGAAAGCCACGAACUUCAAUGCCUUCACCUUGACCAUUACCCUGGGAAUUGCCCAGUGAACAUCAUGAAGGGUGCCUGCUAUAGUUCACAAGCAGGUGCCAACUGGGCCUGCCUGCCAGAUGGCGUUUCCUCUGGCGGCAACUGCGGUAGCAUCCAACUGCCCUCGCAGGAUGGCUUCUACAAAGGCUACUGCAGUUUCUUUGAGAAGCCCACCACCCCCACGACGACCACAACAACGACUCCAUGCAACGUCAGGAGGCUGCGGAUCGUGAACCGGUGCAUGAGCGAACCCAUUUGGAUCGCGCAUGAGGCCACCCGCGGUCAAAUUGGGCCGGGGAUCCAGAAUUUUCUGAUUCCACCUGAUGACUUUCACGACUUUUGCACGCCGGACAAGCUUACAGGGACGCGUUACUGGCCAAAGAUGCUGUGUGACGACGAUGGCCUGCAUUGCUUGCUUGGCAGUAGUGGUGGCCCUGGCGAGGGCUGCAGCGAAGCUGGCCAGUACGGCCAGUGUGCCCCGCCCAUCGACACCAAAUUUGAAGCCACCUUCGGAACGCGAGGUCAGCCCUGCAGUGGCGUUUCCUCCAAGGAUUGCGAUUUUAUUGAUGUCAGCCUCGUGGAUGGUUGGACCUUACCAUUUCGCCUGUCCAUCUCGGGCGAAUGCAGUGGACCCAACAACAUGCAUCCGUCGGAGAUCGACUGUUCAGGACUCACCUUCGAGCAAUGCCCCACAGAUGAAGUCCUGGGUCAGCACAAGUAUAACAUGCAAGCUCAUUACCGUGGCUAUGGUAGCGUAGCGGGCUGCUACAGUCCCUGUCUCAAGCUCACGGACCCCAAGUGGAACAACACCGCGUCAGGUCAUUCCCGCAGCGACGACGUGGCGGCGCCCUACUGCUGCCCCACGCCUCCGGUGUCGCCCAAGGGCUGUCGCAGCGGGCCGGUGGCGCAGACCAAAUACGUUCAAGCAGUUCAUACCUACUGUCCGGGCGUCUAUGCCUACUGCUACGACGACGCCAUGGGGCUGCUGCAAUGCUCAGCAGACUCCUACUACCAACUCGAGUUCUUCUGCCCUUCCACCUUGCCGUCCUGGAGCUAUAAGAUGGUCACCACCACGCGCAUCAGUCGCACCAGUACGGGCACCAGCACCUUCCACACUGUCACCUCAGUGACGGCGACGUCACAGACCUUCACCAGCACCUUGACGACUUGGACAUCUACCAGCGUCACAGAAACCUCCACCAGCCUGAACGAGGUGACGCUGUCACAAGCCUUGGAUCCUGAUUGGAUGGGAGCGGCCUUUUGGAUCAGGGGCGUGGUGGCUAGUGGAGUCAAGCAGGCAGAGGGAAAGGGGUGGGGAAGGUGGGCCUACUGGCUGUUUGCAUCUGCGCUUCUUCGGAUCGUGGACAGGAAACCAGGAGAGAUCCGCUGCUGCAAGACGAAGCGCAGGAGUAAGACAUCCACGAAGCGAAGCGCUAUCUCGCUUAGUGCUGGGAGGGCAGUGUACUUCCCAAUUGAGGUGCUUUCGCCGGGUGAUCUGGUCCUGAUUCAAGCACAUCUUCAACCAAGGUUGCACGCUGUGCAGAGGUGUUUCAGCCUGAGCUGCUUUCUACAGGAGCAACAGCCCCAACUGACGCCCGCGGCCAAGGUGCUCCAAAAGUGGGCAGAGCAUCGUGCUGCUACGGCCGCCGCAGAGGGGCCCUUGCAGUUGCUACAGGACCAUCUUUUCUGUCAGGGUCUUGGGCUGUCCAUUUGCAGCUGGCAAGGGAGGUUUCCAGGUAGUUGGCAGGCAGAGGUGUGGUCGUCGCAGGUACAGGGACCAGAUCUGGUGCUCCAGGUACCCCUCGCUCGUUGGGACCAUGAGGAACUCUAUGAUCCGGCGACGGAUUGCUGGCGAUCUGGAAAGACCUUCUGCAGGCACGCAGGCUUCACGGAUGGUAUCGAGCUCUUUGACUGCAAACUCUUCAACAUCUCAGCGGUUGAGGCGCGAGAAAUGGAGCCACGACAGAGGAUGGCAUUGGAGGUGGCCUAUGAUGUCAUGCAUCGAGCAGGUUUCAGGAAGUCUCGCCUGUCCUCUAUCACCGGGGGCAUCUAUGUGGGAGCCGAGAAUUGGAGCGAGUGGAACAGCUUGAGCACCACCAGCUUUAGCGCCACGGGUCGAGCUGCCUCCAUCCUGGCGGGGCGGAUCAGUUUCGUACUGGGCUUGAAGGGCCCAGCGGUUGCGCUGGACACCGGCGAUUGCUCUGGCCUCACGGCGGUUCAUUUUGGAGCCAAAGCCGGAAGAUGGCUUUCAAGCAGUGCCAGAGUUCUGCUGCUGCCUGGGUACCUCAGUGCUUUUGAGCGCACAGCGCUGGGCGGCGCGACAGGCAGCAGGCCUUUUGACAGCCGCUGGGCGUUGCUUUACCUUCGACUCCGAAGCCUCUGGGCUGGUACCUGGAGAGGCAACGGCGGCGCUGAUGCUCAGGAGAGAGGCCGAAGAUAG